AUGAGUUCCAGGAGACGCAAUAGCGUUGAGUUCAAGCUCCCCGACGGCGUUGAGGUCAUCGACAUAGAGAACGAACCGGAUUACUACAACACGACUUGCGAAACCUACACCGACCAAGAAGAGGUGAAAGUCAAAGUUGAACCUACUCCUGAGCCAUCAGUGCCCGCUCCGGUUACAGCUGCUGCCCUGGGCAACAGUAUCCUCCAACCACGACAGACCGCACCGCCUUCGGAGGAAAUGGACAAUGACGCGCUCAAUGCUAUUCAACAGGCCAUGUUUGCACAAUUCAACGACCACCAGGAGAAUCAGCAAGACCAGCAAGACCACCAGGGUUCUCCGGAGCCUGCAGAAGCAAUCCAAGAUCCACUCGAACAAGAACGCCAAUUUCUACAAGACAAGAGGAAGUUCGAGAAGAGGCAGAAAACUGGUAAAGCCACUCUAGAAGAACAACAGGAGUUCAUGAAGAAAGAGUCUGCAUACAACAAGAGAAAGCGCGACCUGGCUGCCCUUCUAGCCGAUGACGAGGAUCCACUAUUCGAACCCGAAGCACCACAGAAGAAGAAGACCAAAACUUCCAAGUCACAGCCUCGCAAAGGAUAUCACACAGCACGCAGAUCCAAGCUUGCUAAAAUGUCGAGACCUAAUCUCAUGGGUCAUCACGACUUCUGGGAGAAUGCUAAUGCUGCGGAGCAAAUGAACACAGAGCCCACUUAUGAGGAGAUCGAGAAGGGUGGCGGAGGUCGUGCCGCUGCCUUGAAGGGCCUCAAGAGGCAGAUCGGUCCAGAAGCCGCGGGUCUGGACUCCAAACGAUUCGAUGAAGCCUGCCAAUCGUUCACCAACAAGAAGGGAGUUUCCAAGAAAAACAGAAGUAUACUGCCUGUGGCGGGCGGUUGGAGGGUCAAGGGUAUGACCACGCCGCUCAAGAACUACCAGGUGAUCAACUGUGGUUGGAUGAGAACUCGUGAGAUGGGCACCAGUGAGCCUAGAGGAGGUAUUAUUGCCGACCAGAUGGGCCUCGGCAAGACAGUGACAUGCCUCGCCAACAUUGUCAACGGAAGACCCCUGAGAGGCUUCCCCGAUCAUCUACAACCAACAUCACACACUACUCUCAUCGUCGUGCCAACUAAUCUGCUUACUCAGUGGAAAACAGAAAUUCAACGCCACACCAGGAGAGAGGUCAAACGUAGGGACUGGGGACUAGGCAUGGUCAAGGUCUUCAGGGACAAACAGUCAGCAGAGCUCGAUCCUGCAAUAUUUGCAAAACACGACAUCAUCUUGACUACCUACUACGACGUGAGAGUCAGUUGGCCGGAAUGCAAGUUUCCUGAAGGUCUUUCUCAGGCCGAAAGACGGGCUUUCUGGUUGGAGAACUGCUACAACAAGAGAGGACCUCUUCACAAGCACCAAUUCCUCAGAGUUGUUCUUGAUGAAGGCCAUCAAAUCGCCAACCCUGAGACUCAAAUCGCACAAGCUUGUUUCAAUCUUGUCGCUGAUCAUAAGUGGGUCUUGACAGGCACGCCGUAA